AUGACCCAGCUGGGGCCGGAGCCGGGGCGCGCAUGGCGGGCGCUCGCCCUGUGCGGGGCCGCCGUGUUCCUGGCGGCGGCGGCGGCCGGCUCGGCCCUGCUGGCCUGGAAUCUGGCCGCCUCGGCCUCCCGGGGGCCUCGCUGCCCGGAGCCGGGGGCCAACGCCACGGCGCCGCCCGGGACCCCGGCGCCCGAGGUCGAGGAGCUGCGGCGCCGGCUGGCAGAGGCUGCCCAGCGCGAGGAGGCCCUGGCCGGGCAGCUGGACCAGGCCGAGGGCGUCCGUCUGGAGCUGGAGGAAGCGCUGAGGGCCUGUGAGGGCCGCCAGAGCCUGCUUCAGACCCAACUGAUGACACUGAAGACUGAGAUGGACGAGGCCAAGGCACAGGGGACCCAGAUGGGUGUCGAGAACGGGGAGCUCACAGAAGCCCUGGUGCGCUGGGAAGCGGCGGCCACGGAGUCUGCGCGGCGGCUGGACGAGGCGCAGCGGCGCGCACGCGCAGCCGAGGCCCAGGGCGAAGCCUGCGCGGCCCGGGAGGCGGCGCUACGCGAGCGCGUUAAAGCCCUGGAAGCCGAAACGGGGCCCCAGCGCAGAGUGCUACACCCCCGGCCCCGCUCGGGGUCCCGACCCCGGCCCAGCCCCCGCUCGCGCUCUCGCCCCGGAUCCUCGGGGGGCUGCCGGCGGCCCGCGCGGCGCGCACGAGGGUGAAUCAGCUCCCAGCAAGAUGGGGGCUCGAGGCCAGGAGGACAGACACUGUAGAGGCCCAGCGGGGACACGUAUAGAGGUGCCCACGCUGGAUGAGAUGCCCAGUCGACACCCAUCAACGCUCAUCUUUAGACCCAGGAGCCGCUCUGAACGAAAACUGUGCAGAAAGGAGACUCGACCCUCUCUCCCCGACCACCUAGUGCCUAUUCUACAGAUGGGGAAACCGAGGUCUGUUUGGUCACACAGUGUGAUAGUGCUGAUCUGGGACUUAAGUCCCCUCUAAGGACAGUGUUGCCCUCAUCCCGCAGACAUGAGGACU